UUCUCUCUGCAUUUGCCAGAAUCCAGCCCCCAGCCCUCAGAAUGUUCCUCCUGCUGACAGCGCUUCAGAUCUUGGCUGUAGCCAUGGCACAGAACCAAGGGAACAAGAUAAUUGGAGGCUACAGAUGCACCCGGCACUCCCAACCAUGGCAGGCAGCCCUACUGACAGGUCCCUGCCGUAGUUUUCUCUGUGGAGGGUCCCUGCUGUCCGAGCGAUGGGUCAUCACCGCCGCUCACUGUGCCCGUCCGAUCCUUCGAGUGGCCCUGGGCAAGCACAACAUGAGGAUUUUGGAGGUCACACAGCAGGUGCUGCGUGUGAUCCGCCAGGUGCCACACCCCCAGUACAACUCCCGGACCAUCGACAACGACCUGAUGCUGCUGGAGCUGGAGCGGCCUGCUCGGCUGGGGAGGGCAGUGAAGCCCAUCGCCAUGGCCAGCUCCUGUGCCAGCGCAGGGACGUCCUGCCUUGUGUCGGGCUGGGGCACGAUAUCCAGUCCCAUCGCCAGGUUCCCCAACUUUCUGCAAUGCGUGAACAUCAACAUCUUCUCGAAUGAGGAGUGUCAGCGGGCCUAUUCUGGAGCCAUCACCCCUGGCAUGGUCUGCGCAGGGGUCCCCCAAGGCGGGAAGGACUCUUGUCAGGGUGACUCCGGGGGACCCCUGGUGUGCGAUGGAAAGCUCCAGGGCCUCGUGUCCUGGGGGAUGGAGAACUGUGCCCAGCCUGGUUACCCCGGCGUCUAUACAAACCUGUGCAAGUACCAAAACUGGAUCCAAGAAACCAUGCAGAGCAGAUCGUAG